AUGUUUAUUGUACGAUUUCAAAAUGUGAUUCCACACAAUCCAAUUCGUUAUCUUAAACUGAUCGGUAUACACACAGAAGCAUUGAUUUCGUUCUUAACAGUGGUACUUCCGGAAUUAAUUCAUCUUGUCUCAUUGAGUCUUAUGGAUGCCACAUAUUAUCCCUAUCGAUGUCGAUCCAUUAAAUAUGUUAAUGACCAAUUGCCUUCACUCACACAUAUUUCUUUAUCAUUCAGACAACAACCAUCAUAUAUAUCUUGGGUUUUGACACAACUUUAUUCUACUUUUUCGACUAUUCAAUAUUUAUCGUUGCACGAUUUUUCGUAUGCUAUCACUCGAUUACCAGACUUGUUUCAACAUCUAUAUAAAAUUGAACAUCUCGAAAUAAAACUCGAUAUCGAUGACGAUAUUGGUUGUUGGGAUCCUUGGAUAUUGGAUUCUGAAUUAAUUCGAAAUGGUGGACAACAUCUGCGAUCACUCGUAAUACAAAUUGAAUCGUAUUUAUUAUUUAUAGAAAUUGCAUCAUUGUUAAUUCAUUUUCCACAAUUGAAAAGCUUGUCACUUGUUACACAUGAUAUCACACAUGACGUUGAAUUUUAUAAUGGUGAAAAAUGGGAAGAAUUAAUUCAGACAGCACUUCCUUGUUUAAGUUCAUUUCGUUUAUAUUUGAAAUCCGAAAAAAUUUCUUUAGAGAUAAGUUCAACUUUUAUUGUUAAUAGAUUUCGUAGUCCAUUCUGGAUAAAAGAAAAGAAAUGGUAUGUUAUCUGUGAUAAAUUCACUAAUGAAUUUAUUCAACUCUAUACAAUACCUUGCCCAAAAAAUGUUACUAUCACUCUCAAUAUAACCUCUUCAAAUUGGGAUACCACACUUCCUUCAUUUAAUUCAUCGACAUUUGAUUCUGUAACUCGCCUCAUAGUAAAUACUACUGAACUCCAACAUAAUCUAACUUCCUUACUAUAUUUUAAUAAUGUCAAAUCACUUCGUAUUUUAUCACUUCCAACGAAAAACUAUUGUUUAUCACAACAUAUCAAUUUAUUACAAGUUGAAUCAGCUAUCGAUAGCCGAUGGAUUUCAUCAAGUUGA